AUGGCAGCUCAAGUGGUGAUGGGGGAAGGUAGGACACAGGCACAAAAUGCUACCUGGAAGAAGGCGGAGCCUGUGAUAGUGGCAGGGAUACCUACCUCUUCCCUCAUUGGCUCCAUCUUUAUCUUCCUGAUGGAAGAAGUUUCUAUAGUCUUUGACAUUGGCAGUGACUGGUGUAGAAGUGGUCCAGGAGGAAGAAACAACCCAACAUUAGCAGUUCCUACAGUCAUCGGGUACCAGGCCUACCCAGAGAACCCAGGACCAAGUAAUCCCAAGAAAAGGAAAAUUGUAGGUUUUAGUAACUUGCACCUACUCAAGCAGAUACCUACUGAGUUUCCUAUCCAACGAGGCCAAAUCACAAACUGGGAUGCCAUAGAGGCUGUUUUGAAAUAUAGCUAUGAUCGCCUUGGGAUCAAGACUGAGAACCAUCCUGUACUGCUAACGGGAUUUCUAUCAAAUCCUGUGAAAGACCGGGAGAAGCUGGUGGAGAUAAUGAUGGAGACUUUUCAAGUUCCAUCUUUGUACAUUGGCAACCAUGCUGAGCUUUGUCUUUUUGGCUCGGGGUUUUUGACUGGAUUGGUCUUACACUCUGGGUCUGGUGUCACCUCUAUCACACCUGUUUGCAAUGGCAGAGUCAAGAAUUUAUCCAACAAGAUUUUUGAGAUGGCUGGGCUAGAUGUCAGCUUAUUACUACAUAAGGCUCUAUUUAAGAAAGAGAUGAACUUGGUCAGCAUAUCCCAGCGGUAUGAUAUGGACUUAGCUAAGGAGAGGUUAUGCUAUGUAAGCAAACAUCCUAAUCAGAAAGAAUCUGUCAUUGACCCAAUGUCCAAUGUCCCUGGAGUGAUUGUCCUCCCUGAUGGGAAAAUCAUCACCCUGUCCAAGGAACUGCGUACCUAUCCUGAUAUGUUCUUCUGGACCCCCCAGCAUGAUGUGCCAAAUUUGGACUUAUGCUCAGAAGUUAUUGAUACAGUCAUGAAGUGUGCUUCAGAAGAGCAGGCCACCCUCUUCUCUCAUGUGGUCCUCUCUGGGGGCAAUACCCUCUUCUCUGGCUUCCCAGAGCGCCUUCUCUGGGAGCUGAAUGCCAUCAGACCCCACUGGGUCCCAUCUGAGGUUGUGUCCCGGCCAAAUCGGAUCUACCUCUCAUGGUUGGGAGGAUCCAUCUUGUCCUGCCUGUCAACCUUCAACACCCAGUGCUUGACCAACAAGGAAUACCAAGAAACAGCACAAUAUGUUGCCCUUUAG